GUCCAUGGAAACCACGGACCGCCACAGAGAGCGGAGUGAAAGGUGUCCGAAUGAAAGUCUACUUCUGAACAUCAGGAUUUCACCUUUAACUUUUUUUUUUUAACGACAUCGACAUUUAAGAGGAGGCAGUUCCCACCAUAGUCCCUGCUUUGGUGAUUUGCUGCAUGACCCUGGAAGCUUCACCCUGAGAGUGAGAUGGAAAACAGCUCUCAUACACUGCCACACUCGUGCCCCUCUCCCGCCACUAUCAGAGGGCCUCUGCCGUUGUCCUCCUCACCCCACCAUACCUCCUCAAAUGGUCCCAUUUCACUGCCACUUUCGCCUAUCUCUUUCCCGCCAUCCCCAGCCUCAUUUUCUCCAGCAACAGCAGAGUCUGUUCACUCCUGCUCCCCUCUUUCACACUUUACAGUGUCUCAUUGCCUCGAAGGACAAAGCGUAGCUGACCAAGAUGACCUGACCUGUCUCAGCUGGCUGCAUCAGAGAGGGAAUCUGCUGCCACUGCAGCCCCUCACCAAAAUGACACCGCUGCCUCAGCAGGAGCCCUCCAUGGCUUCCCAGCUUCUUCCCGCUGCUUUGUCCAAGCCACCGUACUCCUUUAGCAGUCUGAUUUUCAUGGCAAUAGAAGAUUCGCCACAAAAGAGGCUUCCAGUGAAGGACAUCUAUGAAUGGAUUGUGAACAAUUUCCCCUACUACAAGACGGCAACGGGUGGCUGGAGGAACUCUGUCAGACACAAUCUGUCUCUGAGCAAGAGCUUCCGACGCAUUCAGAGAGACAAGAGCCAGUCAGUGGGGAAGGGAUCGCUGUGGUGUGUGUGUCCAGAGUACCGGCCAGCGCUCCUCGAAGUGCUCAGGAAGACCCACAGUUAUCACAGCAACAACAGCAACCUGUUACACAAGCCUGCACUGUUGGAGGGAGAAAGCUACAAGAUGCCUGCUGAGUGUGAUUCGAUGGAAAUAUCAGGUCAGGACCUACAUACUGGACCCGAUCCCCUUUCACACACCCUCCUCCUGUCCACCGCCGAUAGUCCGAUUUUAGCCGAAAACCCGCUGUGCCUUCUGACCCCGGAUCAUGAGGAGCUCGUCACCAUGGAGUCUGUGGAAUACCAGCAGGAGGAGGUGUGCGAAGACAUGGAGAAGGACCCCCUGUCUGACAGCGGUUACAUCGAGCUGCACUAUUACGAGUCUCAGCAGUACCAGUACCUUGUGCUGCCGGACGACACCGAGCUCGACCUGGAGACCGUGGAGAUCCUGCAGCUUGAUGCCGAGGCCCAGGAGGCCGCCGGGUCACUGCUGGACCUCGCAGGCGGUGGAUAUUAGUUCAGAUCCUCAAAGAAACCCUCCUGGUACGACAACACUGCCCUAUAGCCUGUUUACUGCCCUGUAGUGAUGUUACAGUAUAGAUCAAAUAAACUGAUGGAGUAUCGUUCCACAUAAUUUCAGGCUUCCAGUACACAAGCUGAAUAUAUCACCAUAGCAUCCCAUCCAGCCUGAACAGAGCCUUCAAGGUGUAGAACUGAGACAAAAGUAUUAAAAAUUAAAUGAUUCCACAGUGAUUUUCUAACAUGUUAACAUCGUUCUCAGGGGUGGAAGGAGUGCUUCAAGCUCAAUACAGUGCUGUUUCUCGAUCGAGAAGUUUCCCAUUUUCAGGGGUGACUAACACGCUGUUGAAAUGUUCACGUUUAAUGUACAGCGAACAGCACAUUGACUCACUUCCACAUCGUUACCAGUAAAAUAUGAAUAUGUGUUACCCUCUUUCACUUGUUCUAAGCGGUGACCGUCUUUUCUUUCUAAGAAAGUUUCUGUAGGACAUUCAAAGUAAACUGUAGUUGACAGUCUUUGUUGUUUUCAGCAACACUGUUGCUUUGAUAGUUGAAGAAAACAGAUAAAAAAAAUUAUUUAUAAUGUAGCUAUGAUUUUAGAUUGUACUUAAGAAGUACAGGGAAGCACUUCUCAGUUAUACUAAGUACUUCAAAUUUUAUUUCUAAUGGUUUUUAAUGUCCAUUAUUUUCAAGAUUAUCUUUGCUUGAGUUUAUUUUAUUUGCACGAUGUCUUCAAUCAGGAACAGUUUGAUUGACUCACUGCCAUUUUAACCACUUUACAUGUCGGUUACACUGAAAUUCUCUUCAUAAAUUGUAUGUAUUUACAACAGUUUUGGGUUUUGUAAUCUAAUAAAUAAAAUCUGUGAUGCCGUUCUUCUGAGCUGUG